AUGUCUGUUUCAGUGACUAGAAAAUACAAGGGAAACUGCGAACUGGACGAACAGUGCUAUAUCUUCGGUCCGGAUGCUAUCUGCAGCAACAAAGAGUGUAUAUGUGACGAGAAUGUUUCCCACUAUGUGGAAAGCGAACUCUUUUGCUGGAUAAGCAAGAAAGCCGGUGAAGAUUGUAAGAAGAAUCAAGACUGUUAUGUGAAAGAUUUCAAGGGCGAACUAAUAUGCAACGGCACAUGCGACUGUCCCAAUGGCAAACACUUAAAUGAAAAUAAAACGGCUUGUAUAGAUAACAACUCAACAGGACUUGGAGGAAUUUGCGAAGUAUGCAGUAAUUGCGCGACACCACACAGCGUUUGCAAGAAAGAAGUGUGUUCAUGUCGCGAUUUCUAUUAUCCGUCAAAUGAUCAAUGUUUGGCAGGUAUCAAUUCUACCUGCGUAAAUAACGAAGAUUGCACGCCAGAGAAUUCCGAGUGUAAGUCUGCAAUAUGUUCUUGUCAACCGAAUUAUAUAGCUGUGGAUACCGACUCGUGCGUACCAAUAUUAUCGUUCGGCGAAUCAUGUUCACUGGAUAUUCAGUGCUCUGUCAAUAUCGGUGCGCACCGACAGGUACAAAUGGUAGAACAAGAAAGGAGGAGAAAGGACGUGAACGGAAGAAAAAGAAGAAUGGUGAAAACUGUAAAGAAGAAUCCAAAAGAUACAGAAUAG